CAGGACGCCGCACGACCCGGGCGCCGGACGCCAUGUGAGCGGCGCGCAGGCGAAGGCGCGCGAGGGGCAGGCGAGCGGGGGAUGAGUCCGCGCCCCAGGCAGGUCCCAGGGUCGCCAUGGAGGGCCGGGCUGAGCCGGACGGGGCCUCGAGCGACCAGGCGGCCUCCCAGCGCCACGCUCCGAGCCCAGGCGACGCCGCGGAGCACGUGAGAGAGCUCGCGGGCGUGCCGCGGGCGGACUCCUCGAGCACGGCCGUGACGCACAACGGCCGCGUGUACGUGCACUACUCGACGCAGCCGCGCAGCCAGGCGAUGGACGCCGCCGACCUCGCGCCCGAGACCGACAGCCUCGCCGAAGACACGGAGAGCUCCACCACCACCGUCGUGUGCGACUCGCGCUUCUUCUGCGCGACGCCCGAUCUCCCCGAACAGCCCGACUCCCUCGACCCCGACUGCGAGAUGGACGCCCGACCCGACUCCUCCGGCUCCGCCCAGUCCCUGUCGCCGGGGCCCUCCGCGUCGGGAGGCAACUCCCCCGAGCCCGACGCGGCGGAGCUCGGCCAGAACAGCCACGCCGCCCGACGCAGCCCGAGCGCCGCGCCCGCGCCCAAGAAGGCCGGCGCGGAGACCGAGACGCGCGUCUUCUCGCCCAGCCCGCUGACGUCGCCGCCGCCCGACGCCGAGGGGGAGCUGUCGCCGCUCCCGCACAACUCCGUCACGACAGACGAGCGAGCGAGUGUGAGGUCCUCAAGUCCCUCCUUCUCCUCGGGUAUGUCAGCUUCCAGUGGGCAUGCGGGUACCCCUGACCUCCCCGAAGAACAGGUAUCCGCUUAUCUCGACCGGCAUCCGCAUGUGGUGGAGAAGUGGCUGAGGGAACGCGCCCCCAAGUCGGCCUUCCGCAGCCUCCGCAGUGGGCGUAGUCACCUGCAGGCCGAUCGCUCGUGGGACUCAGAAGGCCCUUCCUCGGCCACGCCCACCGACAGCCAACACCUGGUCGCCAACUACUCGUACCCUUCGAGGAAGAACUCAAUCAGUUCGUGGUUGUCGCCCAAGAGCAAGAGAUCUAAGAAGGUGGAGCGCCUCACGGAGCCCGAGCUGUUCAUGGAGCUCAUCCGGGACAUCAGCACGGAGCUCGACAUCGACACGCUGUGCCACAAGAUCCUGGUGAACGUGGGCCACCUCACGCACGCCGACCGCGCCUCGCUGUUCCUGGCGCAGGGGCCGCGCCACUCGCGCCUCCUCGUCGCCAAGCUCUUCGAUGUCACGGUGGACACGGUCCUGGAGGAAGCUCUGUCCAAUGCUGCGGACAGGGAGAUCAUGCUGCCGUGGGGCGUCGGCAUCGUGGGGCAUGUGGCAAGCACCAAGGAAGUGAUUAACAUUAAGGAUGCAUACCAGGACCCGAGAUUCGACGCCAGCAUCGACAGGAAGACCGGAUACCGCACCAUGAGCGUCCUUUGCAUGCCAGUUUGCAACUACGAGGGAGAGGUCAUUGGUGUUGCAGAAAUCAUCAACAAGAAAAAUGGCACUAAUGAGUUCACGCCGCAGGAUGUUGAGGUGUUUCGCCGUUACUUGACCUUCUGCGGCAUAGGGAUCCAGAACGCCCAGCUGUCGACAUGUCAUUCCCGCGGAAUCCAGAGUGAAUCGCUCCUCCUCCAGCUGGCGCGCGGCAUCUUCGAGGAGCAGACUUCCCUCGACCGCCUCGUCACCAAGAUCAUGACGGAAGCGAGAGAACUGCUCAAGUGCGAGCGAUGUUCGGUCUUCCUCCUCGACCCGCAGAUGAAGAACAACACGAAGGGAGGAAGUUCGCUCCCCAACCCCGGCAGUCCAGAGUCAGAGAAUGAAAAUGGUGAAGCUCUUGUCAUACGCCAGAGCCACCCGCCUCCUCCUGAUGAGCUAAUGCGGAUCCCCGUUGAGACGCUGACGGUGCACAUGGCCUUCGAACUACAGUCGCGGAACGGAGAGUGCAGGGUGACGCAACCCUCAGGGGACCAAGCCUCGUCCUCCUUCCACGCACGGCUUGCUAAUUAUGUUUGUUCUACGGGUCAGACGGUGAACAUCAACAACGUGGUGGAGUGGUUAGGUUCGCCCCUUGAGGACUCGGGUAUGGUGACUCACAGCGUCCUCACCAUCCCGAUUUUCAACUCCUCAAAGAAGAUCCUUGGCGUGGCGCAGCUCAUCAACAAGGAAAACGGCCUCCACUUCACAGAACAUGAUAUCAACACGUUCGAGGCCUUCGCUAUCUUCUGUGGCCUCGGGAUUCAAAAUACACAAGUCUACGAGAAAGCUUGUCGCCUGAUGGCGCGGCAGCAAGUGGCGCUGGAGUGCCUCAGCUACCACGCCACGGCCUCGCAGGAGGACACCGACAAACUCCGGACGGUGGAGAUCCCUUCGGCAGCGGACUUUGAUCUCUAUAACUUUGACUUCUGCGAUACCUUUUUGACCGACGACGAAACUCUGAAAUGUGCCAUCAGGAUGUUUGUUGACCUCGAUCUGCUCAACACGUUCCACAUCUCGUACGAGGUGAUAUGUCGUUGGCUGCUGAGUGUAAAGAAGAACUACAGGCCUGUGAAAUACCAUAACUGGAGACACGCUCUCACUGUCUGCCAGACCAUGUUUGCGAUGCUGAAGACCGGCAAAAUGGAACAGUUCAUGACGGACCUCGAGAUGCUCGGUCUCCUGGUCGCUUGCCUGUGCCACGACCUGGACCAUCGCGGGACCAACAACAGCUUCCAGACCAAGACCGACAGUCCCCUGGCUAUACUGUACUCGACGUCGACCAUGGAGCACCACCAUUUCGACCAGUGCGUGAUGAUCCUCUCGCAGGACUCCAAUAAUAUUUUCCAGUCCCUGCCCGGAGAGGAAUACCGGAAGGUGAUGACCGUAGUGGAGAACGCCAUCCUCAGCACCGACAUGGCGAUGUACUUUAAGAAGAAAGACGAUUUCCUCGAGAUGUCUGACAACGGGGAGUUCGACUGGCAGAGCGACGAGAAGAAGCAGCUCCUGUGCGGGAUGAUGAUGACCGCGUGUGACGUGUCGGCCAUCGCGAAGCCUUGGGAGAUCCAGCACAAAACGGCGAAGCUCGUGGCUGACGAGUUCUUCGAGCAGGGAGACCUCGAGAGACUGAAGCUUAAUGAGCAGCCGAUUGCAAUGAUGGACAGGGAAAAGAAAGAUGAACUUCCGAAGAUGCAGGUCGGCUUCAUCACGUCCAUCUGUCUACCGCUGUAUAAGGCGCUCUCCGAGUCUUUCCCGUGGGUGAAGCCUCUGUACGACGGCUGCGCGAGGAACCAGGAGCAGUGGAAGCGCUUGGCCGAACAGGUGGACAUGGGACUCACCUGGAUCGACCAUGAGUACAUUGAGAAGCCGGUCGAGAGACAUGAACUGGAAGUCAUUAGCAAGAUCACUCUGAACCCGAAGCCAGCGUCCCAAGGCACCCCGCCCCCGCCGCACAACAAGGCGGAGGGCGGGGGCAAGGGCCGCCUGGGCCUGUCCUCGGCGCUGCGAGGGGCGCGGGCGCUGAAGGGCGGCGGCAAGAGGCGGUCGGUGGAGAAGCGCCUCGACAGGGUGAUGGAUUCCUCCCACGAGCAGCGGCCGGCGAGGAUGUCCCCGAAGGACGAGGCGGCGCCGUCCACGCCCCUGUCGGAGGAGCCGUCGCAGCAGGAGGAUUCGGUCGUGAUCACGCGUGGGAAACACCAGGGAAAAGCCUGUAAUAAGCUACGCAGCAGGUUGUGUGUGCUUCUGUGACGUCACCAGGCUGUUGGGGAUCGAGACCAGACUUGAUCACGCCGC